AUGAAUUCCGACUCCAGCUCCGUCUCCAGCAGAGCCUCCUCGCCGGACAUGGAAGAGCUGUACCUGCGGGACCACCACCAUCACCACCACCACCACCACCACCACUCGGUCUCCUCCACCCAGAACGAAGUGGGCCAGAAGGGCUCGGGCGAAGGCCUCUCCCGGAGCGGCGCCAAAGGCUCGGCGGGCGAGAGCAGCAAGUACAAAAUCAAGAAGCAGCUUUCCGAGCAGGACCUGCAGCAGCUGCGGCUGAAGAUCAACGGGCGGGAGCGGAAGCGCAUGCACGACCUCAACCUGGCCAUGGACGGGCUCCGCGAGGUGAUGCCUUAC